UCGGUUAGUUGUUAUUAUAUUUAACCUCUCCCAAAUUGGCAAUUGAGAAACAACUUCGAAACAAAUUAGGGUUUGUUUUGCAGAAUUAUGAGAAAGUUGUCUCCUUUUUCUGAUUUCUUAUUAUGGCUACAAAUUAAGUUAGAAUUUCAUAUUUAUGUGGGUUAUAAAUUAAGUUAGGAUUUUUCAUAUUAAUGGGCUAUAAAUUAAGUUAGGAUUUCAUAUUAAUGGGUUAUUAAUUGAUUUGGAUGAUUGUAUUCUGCGAAGUUGAUUUGGAUGAUGUUCAUUGUAUUCUGUGUGUGCCCCUCAGUUGGGUGUUGGCAUUGUCGCAGUAAAAAUUGUGGUAUGUUUGGCAGGUGGUAAUAAAUGGUUGUAAUGAGAAUGAAUUUGUUAGUUUCCUUUCCGAUACUGGUGUAAAUGUUUAGUUGUGGCUUUGCAUAAUCAAGUACGUGCUUAUUACGAAUAAUGGGUUUGGGAACUCUAGUGUAAUGAGGAAACAUGUGUAUAAUUGUGGAAAUAGGAUAAUUCCUUAAUUUAGCUUGGUUGGUAAUUUAAACGGGGAAGUGAGGAAAAUGAAAUGUGUGGAAAUCAACUAGUUAUGUUUUUCCUGUUUUAUUUUCCACACUUUUCCCCUUCAAAAGUGAUGGAAAAAUGUAUAAACUCGUAGAAAACAAAAUUAAACCAAAUUAAACCAGAGAAAAAUAUGUAAUAGUCCAUCUUCCAUUGUUUUCCAUAAUAAUUAGCCAAACAAAUUUAAAUUUAGAGAUUUUUACAUAUUUCUUCAUAUUGUUUUCUAUAGAUUUCCAUAGUUUUACUUUUACUUACAUUUCCACAUUAACUUGGUUUUCAAACACAUUAAAGUUUUUUAUCAAAUAAAUUUGUAUAAUUCAGGGAAAUCCAAUGGCAUACAUCAUGACUUCAGGUAGAAUUUGACAGGAUUGAGAUUUCAUGAGCUAAACUGGUGGGUUGGUGGCUUUUGCAUUUUUAAAAGUGAGCUAAUAUUGGUAUUAAACAGUUAAACCCACCCAUGAACAAUAUGAAAUGAGUCUGUUGCAUUUUUUCAGUCAAAAUUUCUUGCUAGGAGUUCUUGACACCCACUACGACCUCCUUUUGCCUCAAGUUUCAGAGGUUGCUGUUAUGAUGGUGUAGCCGUAGUUUUUGUGAAGGAUUGAUAAGUGGAUUUCAGUAGGGAUAUACUUAUAAAGAAGUUACCUAACUUAAAUGGGUUAGUGGAUAAUCAUAUUUAUCCUCAAAUAGAGAACCUCUAUACGUAUACUUUUUAAAAAAAAACGUCGGAAGUUGGAGAAGUUUGGAGGGAGGGGGGAGGACUGGAUAGAUGCACUAGUUCUAGAUGUGUAAGGACCAUCUUUCCUCAUAACAAAGGUGGAAGGAGGAAAGAUUUAAGAAUUAAUGUUUUCACUAUUUGCUGAUCUCACGCCAAGCCCCUCUGUUAACGUAGCUAUUAAAGAUUUAAGAAUGCUGUCACUUAGCUUCCAGUCAAGAAGGAGAUGGUCCACGACUCCACGCUAAGUACUAUUAUGAAACUUAAUUGCAGCCUAAAAUAUCUUCUUCAAACAUGGAUGGCGGAGGAAGACGACAGUUGCCAUCAUGGAUGAUGAGAUCUACUGCUACUGAGGGAGCAAGUAUUUCAGAGACGAAAGAAGAAAAUAAAGAUGGUUCUGUAAAGCCUCGUACCAAAGCUAUCAAGCCCCAGAAGAAAGUUCAGGCAAAACAGCAUGAUACAGAGGUCCCAUUUACCGAGAAUAAAGAAAAUUUGCUUAAAAAAUGUGAAACAAGAACAAGAAAAAGAAAGUUAAACAAACAUGGCGAAGGUCAAGAUGAAAGAUUUCCAGAAGAGGAACCAUGUUUGCUUAAACCAUGUAAAGAAAGUAGAAGCAAAAGAAUGUCGAUUAAGCAUGGUGAAGAUCGAGUUGAUGACUUUCUUGAACGUGAUACAGAGAAGCAAGUUGACGGCGUAGUGAGUAAAAGAGCUCGAAACAAUGUUCCCAGGAUCAAGCACUCAAAAAAAUUCAUGGAAGAAUUUCAAAAUGGAACAGCAGAAUCUAGUCCAAGUGAAGAUGAGUUUACUGUGCAAGAUCUAGUAAGCAUUGCCGAAGAGUAUGUGAAGGCUGAUAGGGAGAAGGAGCUUCAAAAGUUGAAAAAAGUCGAAUUUGAACCAGAGAUCAGGCCUCAACUUAGAGCUCACCCUGAGAUUGGAUCAGAGAAGAAUCUCAUGUCUUACACGGGAAAUAAGUUGGUUAACAAUCAACCACUCUCUUCAGAUUCUUCUAUGACCAAGCCAUUAUCCAGUGAAGGAAGCUCUAUUAAUCUGAGUACUCCUCGCGAUCCUUGUCAAGACAUGCUUGAUUUAUUAUUGGGUCUCUGACAAAGGAAGGCAGAAGAAGUGGAGAGGAAGACUAAUUUUGUGACUGAAAAAAUCACACUUGAUUACGAGCUCAGCAAAAUAAGUAAAAACGAUACUGUAGCAGAAGUGGCUCCUGUGGGGAAGAAAUAGAGACAGAGUGGAAAGACUUUUGAAUUGAAUAGCUGAGCUUGCUGAAUGUGAAAUAACUUCAUAACUAAUGAGGAUCAAUUCAGAGGAUAUGGACCCCAUGGUUCAUAAAAUUCUGCACCUGAUUGGAUGGAAGUUCCCAUGAUAUCAAUCUACUGCUUUAGAAAAAUACUUCCUGGAAGAGUUGCAAAGAAACUCGAUAUUGUCCUUACCUCUGAAUCAGACUUGUGAUCUACUGAGGAGGGGGGAUUCUGUGAUUGUGACAGAGAAAGUAUUUGACAGCAUCACGAUUCAAGAGAAGUAAAAAAUCUAGUUCGGAAAUGAUCAAGGACUCAGCUGGGAAUGCUUAUGUUAUCAAAAUGCUGUUUACAAUCUGGGUUUGAUGAUUGGGUGAUUGCUUCCACUCAGCAGUAACCCACAACGAGGCUCCACUGAUUCCAUACAUGGCAACUUCUAUGCUGUCAGGGACUCUAGAUUCUUCGUUGUUAGGAGCUUAUUAUCUUCUUGGGGAGUUUGGGAUGAAAGAUUUGUGCAGAAUUUUGCAUAAACAUCUUGAAGAAUUGAGAAUGUGGGUCAUUGACAGUGUCUCUUCUUGCAAAGCUGUGAUCUGUCACCAAUUGUGACCGGUAAAAGUUGCAGAAUUGAUCAAAUUUUGUUUGUCUUAGCAUAGGCUAGGUAAAUUGUGCUCUGAAUGUAAAUUUUGUAGUGUGAAAUGUUGUUUUUAUUUCUCUGAUUGUACACCAUAUCAACUUGCAUCAGAUAAUAAGAUAGCUGGAAAUCGGAAGUA